AGUGCCUUAAAAGAUUAUCUUUAUCAUGGCCUCUUGGUUAGUCUGUAUUGGGAGAUUCCUUUUCUUUGGCUUGUUAGGCCUCCAGGCCUUCUCGCUAGCGUCGUAUCCUGCCGAGUACAAAAACGAAGAUGGUUUCUAUGGACUAGUCCUCCUGUACGGUCCUGCAAUGUUUCUUUGGCUUUAUAUCAUGUGCGAUGACAAAAACUUACCAUGGUUAUUUGCUGUUUGGAUAUGUUAUAUCUUUGGUUUCGUGAUUUUCAUCCUAAUCAUAUUUGGCGGCGACAAACCGAUAGAAGAUAAGCUCGACAAAGCGGAGUUCUUCGGUCCAAACAAUCUAAAGAUGACACUUUGCCUUGCCCCAGUGAUUUUGUUGUUGCUUUUGAGUACUGGAACAGAUUCCAACAGCUACAGAGAUCAAAUCUGGCAGAUAUCCCUACGAAUGGCUCUGGAUCUCUUCGAUGGAGUUGAAAUGCUGGAAGUUAUCAUCGAAGAAAAUGAAGUCAGCCAUGGCGUUCGAAAGUCCUUUGAAAAAGCCAUACUCGCUUUUGUCUGUAUCAGUUUUAUCCUCUCCCCAUUGCAACUGGUUGAGAUAAAGUUAAGGAGUUCCGAUUGGUGGGGACUUCGGCAUAGAUGUAGAGAAGGUUUGCGAACAGCCCUACAGAUCAUCUGUGUUAAUUGCGUGUUUUUGGGGCUUCGCAUGUAUCUAUGGCGGGGCUUCGGAAAAGAUGCCUCUAUUUUUAUCGCUAAAAAUGCUAUUGUCAUUUGCCUUGGCCUUUUCGAGGUAUGUUCAAUCGGUAAAUGUUGUGGUUGUGACGAUUAUUGAGCAUAAUUUUACAUAGAAUCGCCCAGUAAUCAGUAUAAACUUGACAAUCUUUCUGGGAAAGCCAUGGAAAAAUUUGAAAUAAUUAUCGUGAGCGUUUCAUUAGAAGCAAAUAUCUUUAAAUGAUUUCAUUUUUAUCUAAUACUCUCUUCUUAAUAUUAGUCUUGGAUUUAAGAUAGAACUUGACUCGUUUUGGAUUUGUUCUAUGGACCAGAUGUCUUGACGAUGACCCUUUGCCUAACUCCGCUCCUUUUGUUGCUGUUGCUUAACACAUAUGAAACGAAAAGUAAAGACAGAGAGUUCUUAUUAAAACUGGCCUUCCAAAUAACAUUAGAUCUCUUCGACGGAAUUUAAAUGCUGCAAGUUUUUCUGGAGGGAAAUGAACUUGGCAUUCCCAAGCGCUUUGAGGCAGCUAUCAUUGCCUUCGUUCGCAUAAGUUUUGUCCUUUCGAAUUUUCAAUUAGAGGAGAACAGGAUUUCGGUCUAUUUACAAAUACACAGCCUUCAUCCGUAUCACCCUUCAGAUUUUACUCAGUAAUUGUGAGUUUUUAGGCCUUCGUUUGGCUCUGUUCUUUAAGUUCAAGAGAGAUGCGUCAAUUUUCAUUGCCAAAAAUGGCAUUUUGAUCAAUCAUAGGAUUUUGGAGAUUUUUCAGUGUUGUAAGGGUUAGUUGGGAAGUGUAAGAACCAGGAAAGACUUGAAUCAAAAGCGCGAUCACAUAUUCGACAACUUUAAGCUCCUUCGCAAAGUUGUGUAUUUUUCUAGUUUGUUGAUCCUUUAGCCGUUCGUC